AUGUCUUCUAAUUACCGCAACUUCCGAAACAGCGUGCCGUGGCUAAUCCUUUUUUUGGAAGCCAUUUUCAUCGUCCUCUUUUACUUUUUGUUCUCAGAUGAUGGUGCAUCCACAUCAAGCAUCUCCUACCCAGCUUUUCAAGAUGUCAACCACAUGGUGAUUUUUGGAUUUGGAUUUUUCCUGAUGUUUCUGAAAAGAUAUGGGUUUAGCAGCACUGGAUUCAACCUCCUGAUCGUUGUGCUUGGUGUCCAAUGCUCCAUGCUGAUAGAAGGUUUAUUAGUUUUCCUUCUUCAAAGGGAAAACGAAGAUGGUCUGAAAAGAAUAACAAAGGCUGUUGUGAGUAUAACUGCUGUGGUCAUCUCCACUGGAGCUGUUCUUGGGAAGACUAAUCCUGUGCAAUUCAUUGUGAUGACAGUUGUGGAGAUAACAGUUUUCCGUAUGAGCAGAUGGAUGAACAACACAUUCCUGCAGGUUCCAGACAAUAUCAGCAUGAUGCAUGUUCACCUGUUUGGAGCCUACUUUGGUCUGGCAGUCUCCUCACGUUUCUCUGAGCCAUCACCAAGGUCUGAGAAGAAUGCGAGUACUCCGAAGUCGGAUUUAUUGUCAAUGUUGGGCACUCUCUUUCUCUGGGUAUUCUGGCCAAGCUUCAAUUCUGUGCUAGCUGGAAAAGACAAGAGCAAAGCAAUCUGCAACACCUACUUUGCCCUUGCAGUGAGUGCUGUAACCGCCUUCGUGUUGUCUGUUCUGACCACAAAGGAUGGAAAAUUCAGAAUGACUCACAUCCACAGCGCAGUACUAGCUGGUGGGGUCACUGUUGGUUAUGCAGCACACAGUAUCAAGUAUCCUUGGAUUGCAAUGAUUUUGGGUCUGCUUGCUAGUGUGAUAACCAUAUUAGGAUCUUACUGUUUACAGAGAUGCUUGAAUCCUGCUCUCAAGAUUCAUGAUUCCUCUGGAGUUCAUUUCACUUUUGGCUUGCCUGGUGUGCUUGGAGCUCUUGCCCAGGUCAUUCUCUUAGUAAUAAAAAACUGGACUAAUUUAACAAGACUGGGUUAUUUGGUCGUGCUUCACGUUGGUGCCUUCUGCCUGACCAUCAGUGUUGCCUUGAUAACAGGUUUUAUUACAGGUUUAAUCUUAAACCUCAAACUGUUUAAGACCGUCCCUGUAUCAAAGUACUUUGAAGACCAGUUUUAUUGGGAGUUUCCCCAUUUGGCUGUUGGAUUUUGA